AUGGUCACGUUGUUUCAUGACAUGAUGCACACGAAGAUCGAGAUAUACGUGGAUGAUAUGAUUGCAAAGUCAAGACAAGGUGAGGACCAUGUUGGAGUCUUGCAAAAACUGUUCAAACGUCUUCGGAAAUUCAAGCUAUGUCUCAAUCCCACAAAAUGCGUUUUUGGGACGAGAUCGGGGAAGCUGUUAGGGUUCAUGGUUAGUAACAAUGGCAUAGAGAUUGAUCCAUCAAAGGUUAAGGCUAUUUGUGAUUUACGAUCCUCGACCACCACCAAGGAAGUCCACAGCCUGAUGGGGUGGCUCAAUUAUGUGGCGAGGUUCAUUUGUCAGUUGUCUGAAACAACGAAGCCAUUCUUCAAGUUCCUGAAAAAGAAUGCAAAGAUUGAGUGGGAUAUCAAGUACCUCUUGGAGAAGCCGGCACUGGUUGGCAAGUUGGCCAAUGAGCAAAUCUUAAUUUCAGAGUUUGAUGUUCAAAGCCUGGGGCAGAAGUCCAUUAAAGGUCGCGCCAUAGCAAACAUGUUGGCAGAAAGUUCCGAGAGGUCCAGGGCAUCUGAUGAGGGUAGUGAUGCAGAGGAGCGAAUUUUACUUGUAUCAAGCGACAAAUGGACGAUGUACUUCGAUGGUGCAAUUAAUUUAGCUAGGUCGGGUACCAGGGCAGUUCUUAUCUCCCCAUAUGGUCAGCACUACCCUGUUGCCGCUAAAUUGAUGUUCCCUUGCACGAAUAAUAUUGCCGAAUAUGAAGCGUGCAUUCUCGAUCUCCAAGCUGCUAUUGACAUGAAGAUCCGAAAGAUGCAAGUUUACGGUGAUUCAACCCUUAUCAUCUUACAGACUAAAGGCGAAUGGCGAACACAAGAUUCUAAAUUGAUUCCGUAUCAUGAGUUCCUGGGGGAGUUGACGGAAGAAUUCCAAGAAAUAGCAUUUGAAUACUUGCUAAGGUCUCAAAAUCAGUUCGAUGAUGCCCUAGCUACCUUGUCUUCAAUGUUACAAGUAGCUGGAGGCUUGGACAUUGAACCAUUAAGAAUUGAAAUCUUUAGGCGCCCAGCUUAUUGCAUGACGAUUGAGGAAGAACCGGAUGGACAGCCUUGGUACCACGACAUCUUGAAGUAUUUGCAGAAUGGUGAAUUCCCCGAAGGAAGUGAAGCAGCAGACAUAAAGCAUUUAAUAAAGUUAGCAUUGAAAUUCUUCGCCAGUGGAGAUAUCCUCUACAAAAGGUCCUUCGACUCGACAUUGCUAAGGUGUGUCGACGCUAAAGAAGCCGACCGUUUGAUGAAGGAGAUACAUGAAGGGGAGUGUGGCCCCAUAUGA